AUGCCACUAACAAUCCUCCGCCAAUCCCCGGACCUCUCAUCCUACACCCCUCUCUCAACCCACCAAUCCUCCACCCCGGCCUCCUUCCAAACCCCAGUAUUGCACUUCCACGCGCCCUCCGCCACCGUCCUGAUCGCGCCAGAACACAUCUCUCUCCUCCCCAUAUUCCCAGAUGUCCCCACCCCUUCCCCGACCACAUCAGACCAGUCCCGAAUCCCCAAUAUCGAACUCCUGAUAAUCUCCCAAACCCUCACCCUCUACAACGCUCCCUCAAAGAUCGGCAUAAGCCUACCUUACUCAUCCAUCACCCUGCAUGCCAUCCAGCGGACCCCACAUGGUGCAGGAAUUUACAUGCAGAUAUCGCUCUCCCCUGGGAACGCUGCAGCGCACACGAAUACGGACGAGUAUGAUCAGGAUGAAUUGCUGGAGAUUACCAUUCUGCCCGAUACGGCCGGUGAAGGGGAGAAGGAGGGAGUAGUCUCGGAGAUGUUUGAUGCGCUGAGUGUUUGUGCAGGAUUGAACCCGGAUGAGGUUGGGAGUGAUGAGGAGGAGGAGGAGGAGGACGGCAUCUUGUGGGAGGAGGAUGUGGAGGGGGGAGGGGAGGGGUUGAGGCUUGAGGGGUUUCCCGCCGGUGGAGGGUGGAUUACAGCGGAGAAUGUGGGGGAUUUUAGUUUUGGUGAUUCGGUUGAUGGGGAUGUUCAAACGGAUGGAGGGGUUGUGUUGGGACCGGGGGCGGGGACUGUCAGACUGAGAGAUGAGGUUGAGAGGGGGGAGAGCGCAGGGGAAAGGAGGGAGAAUGUGGAGGAGACGGAGGAGGCAAAGUGGAGGAGGAUAGGGUGAUGGAUAUAUUAUCUGGUUACUUCGUGUUAUUGCCCUU